AUGCCAUCAAUGUUCUCACUGGUGUAUUGCUUACCAUGCUAAACUGUUUACCCUAUCUAAUAAUAUUGCAUAGAAAAUUUACAAUUGAACAUUCAAAUGUGUCAGUCAUAUCCAAAUCAUUAUCUCAGGUAUAAGCAAACUUAAAUUAAGUCUGCCACAAAGUUGGUGAAUUGUUAUUUCCUGUAUUUCAAUUGGUUUUUUUACUUACCUCAGAUGCAUUACAUAGGUUGGAAUUUUUUAAGUCAGAGCGACCUACUUCUCGUUGUGCUUUCAGUGAUAAUACUCUGCAUUUCCACAGGAUCAUUGCUCAUUUCAAACAUCUACUUCAUCAAUUUUGAAUUCAACGAAUAGUCAUUAAGAAAGCAUUUUACCUACUAUAAUUGUUUCGCACAAUUGUUGAUUAUCCCCAUGGCUAUUUUAAAUCAAAGUGCUGAUUCAUUGUACUAACUGGUUGGCAGAAUACUUCACAGCAUUAUUCUAUUUGUCUUGAUUUAUGAGGCCUAUGUCGAACUACCAUUUGGGUAAUUGUAAUUGAAUAAACUUUAGAUUCUCAAAAUACUCAACCAUCUACAAUAGAUUAUUAAUUAUGCAUAUAUUACUAUUUAUAUUCACAACUAUCUUGUAUUCGAACCCCGAUCAAGCUUAUAGUUCAUUGGCUUUAAUGCUAAUCCUCCAACCAGUCUCCUAGCAUCUCUUUUAAACGUUAAUACAACACAAAAGAUUAAAGACCUACCAUAAUACCUUAAAUUAAUAUUACGAAUUGCUAAUCAUAGAAGAUUUCUUUGAUUUAAUCUAGGCUGCCUAGAAGAGCAAGAAAAGAAUCAUCGAGUUAAUCUAGAAAUUUAGUUUGCACUUGAAUCGUUGCCAGUCAGUUAAAUGCUAAUGCAAGAAGAUAGGAGCCGGAGGAGUGUUGAAAUAGGAAGAUGCCGUCAUUCUAACAUCCUGUUUAUUUAGAAUUGGUUUUGAAAAACACAGGAAUGAUUCCAAGAACCUUGAAAUUUAUAGUCUUAAAUUCCUUACAUUCAUCAACAAAUACAGAAACAAUGCUCCAAAGAGUUAUUAAGAGUUGAAGAUCCUCUUUUAAAAAAAGCGAGAAUAUUCAUUUUAUUUUAUUUAAAUUUCCCUCUUAUUAUAAUUCAUCUUACAAGCUCAGAUGCAAAAGGACGAAGAUUAUAAUAUCAACAAGGAUACUCGUGUAUCUAAUGUGAAAUUAUAAGUGAGCAAGAGCGAAAGAAGUAUUGUAUAAACAUUAUACUAAAUGGAAUAAAUUAAGUAGAAUUUACUCCCCUUAUUAAUGUAGCUAAGCUAAUUUAAGAUUCAAUUUUGGAAGCAAUAUUUGUCUGGUAAAUUUUAGAACUUCUCUGAAAUUGAAACUGAGGUUAAAUAGUUGCAACUUUUGAAAAACUAAAUCUUAAAUCAAAUUAAAAUUUAUCAAUCAAUAUUUUAUACUCAUGGUCGCACAUUUAAUGUUCAGUUCCUUAAAUAUAGCGCAUUGAUUGAUUUACUCUUAUUUAACAAUGUUAGGAGAUAUUUUGAAUUAGAAAGAGGUAAAAUAUAUAAUAAUUAUUGAUAGAAAGAAGGGAAAUUUUAUAGUUGGAAAAAAGCAUGAAUUCUUUUGAAAUAACUAACAUUAACUUUUUUAAAGGGGAAGCCAUCUCUGUAAAAGUUUGCAUCGCCUCAGGUCCAAAUAUUGGGAAAGUUCUAAAUGAAGUUAUUUCACCUUUGAUCCCGAGAUUUUUUGGGUUCCAUCAUUUCGAUAAUCCGUUAGAAGCAUUCCUUGAUUUUACAAAAGGAAAUAUUAAUACUCUGAUGCCGUCCUGGUUAGAACCCGUUCAUGAUGAGAUUAUGUAAAAUUACAUUAGAAGAGGAGGCACUGCUAGGAUAGGUAAGUACUUUUAAACUUUUGCAAAAAUAUAUGAUAAAACAUUGAUAAGAUGUUAAGUCUAUCUAGCCCAUAAUUUUAGUUAAAACUUAAAUGACGAUUUUACUAUGAUUGGUUGUUUGAAAUCCUUGGAAGAAGAACAACCCAAAAUCAAACCUGGGAAAGAGCCUAAGAAAAUAAAAGAUCUUGCUUUUAAAGGGGCGUAACAUAUUUUAUUUGAUGUUAAUGGAAAUAUUUUAGGAAUAACUUAAGGGUUAUUUAAAAUGAUUGAUCGAUUACAAAGGACUAAAAGUGCACCACACUUUGAAUCUUUGAAGCACAACAGUCAUGAGAAAAGUAAGUCUGAGAACUCAUCAUUUGAGAGUGAGAGCUUUGAUGUUUACUAAUAAUAAUGGUCAAACUAACUGUUAAAAAUAGAUGAGUUUUAUUAAAAAGUGUUAAUUUGGAUUUUGUUACCAUUUGUAUCGAGGGAGAUUGAAUCCACUGGAAUUGAAUAUUUGAUGGAUGGAGAAACUCCACCUAAGAAUAGAUACCCAAAUUUAGUAGAUCUGGAAACUAGUAAUAGCAUUGUAAGCAAUAAAGAAACUUAUUUAUUUAUUCCUGAGGAUAUUAAUUUGUUUGUAUCUUAAUAUGAAAAAGUGUUACAAAAAAUAAUGGAUGAUGUACGUGUUCAAUCGAAUAAUUUCUCUUCAGGGAGUCAAUACAAAGGGAUAAAAAGUGAUUACUAAGAAAGUGAAAGUUUUAGUGCUCAACAAAGUGUUACAAUAUACAAUGAAAAAUUGUGUAGUUUUUUCUUUGAUUAACAUCUGAAAAGCCAUCAAGCCUUGUAAUUUGGUACUACUAGGUAAUCAGAGAUGCAAAAGACUUCAGUAAAACCAUCUUCAUAAUCAUAAGUGUCAUUAUAAAGUGAAGAUAAUAGUGAAUAACUUAAAACAAGAGCUGAAAAGAUCUAUUAGGAUAAGUACACUAAAUACAUUGAAAAAAUUUCUCUUUAAGAUUUCAAUCCAGUUCCUGUUUUCUAUUCAGUCAAUUAUGAAGAAUACAGGUAUAAAAAGAAUGACAUCGAACAAAAACAACAAUUUUUUGUAGUUGAAUUAGUUGUUAAUGAAUAAUAAUUAUUAAAUACUAUGGGUUAUAAAAGAUAGGUUAGGGAAACUAUUAAAUAGGCUUGUUUAAAUUUUCAAUCUAAAAGACUCUUAAUUGAACAAUAAAUAUAAACUGAAGAUUCUAAUAGUGUUCAAGGUAAUAUUAGCGAAUAAAGAAGUGACCACGAUGGAGAGAUUGUUAAUUACAUGUUCCCCACUCAUCCAUCUCACUAUUAUGAGGAUCUAUACUUUCAUUCUCCUAAACAGGAUUAAGUUCCUAAUCAAUUUAAUUAGAAUGAUCAAAAAUACUUAUUUAGUAGUCGGAGUGAUGAAAAUGAACACUAGAAUAAAUAAAGUGUAAACACAUAGGAAUCACUCAUGAAAGGAUCUUUGCAUUUAAAAUUUCCAGAAAGGAAUCUGGCUUUGAAAACCAUGAACAAAUUUAUCGAAAAGAAAAGAUAACAAGAUUUCUUUAAUGAGACUGAUUCUAAAUUAGCAAUUGAUAGUAGAGCUUCUUAAUAAUAAAUUCAAGAAGAACAUUAAGUCAAAUAUUCUGAAAAUCUUAAAAUCUUUGAUUAGAAUUAUAAAUCAAUACAUUCUAAAUUGUAAGAAUUCAAUAAUCCUACCUCUUUUAAAAUCUAAAAAUAUCUAUUAUAUUUUGUGCUUUUUUUGAUAGUUGGAUACAUCAUCCUAUUAACCAUAGCAGUAUUUCAACAAUACAAUUUUAAUGAUUGCUUUGAUCUAAUUGAAUUAAUGUUAUCUACCCAAUAAAGUUAUUCUUAAAUUACUCAUGGCCUCUAUCAUUUAGAAUUAGCAGAUUAAUUUAAAUCCUUCGAUAAGAAUUUGAAGGAAUUCUAUUCUACUUAAAUUGAUAGUAAUCUUUAAAACUUAAUCAAUUUAUAAAGUGAACAAUUAAUUGAUAUCAAUUAAGUUAAUUUUAGUGUGAAUUAAUUUUAUAAUAUCGAAUACUAAGUGAUUCUUAAUCCUACGCUAUAAGAAACUAUUUAGAUGAGUCUAGCGUAAUUUUAUAAAAUAAAAAACAACACAUUGAAUUCAUAAGUUACACUCAUUUCAACUGCUAAUUUAAAGGAAAUAGGAUAGUUACCUAAAUUGGCAUAUGAUAAUUGUUAUGAUGAAAAAGUCUAGAAUGAAGAAGAAGUCCAAUCAUUAUUAACAAUUUAUAUGUUAAUUAUUUUCUUUUUGGUGAUGUUGCUGUAGUUUUUGUAAGUGCCAUUGAUAUAGAAACUUAAGAAUGAUCAUAGAAGAUUAUACAAAAUUGUGAUUAAAUUGUAAGUGUAUGAAGUAUAAGAUGAAAUUGAGACUUACGAGCAUAUACUUUCAAUCUUUAAAAAGUCAUUAUAUGAAUGGAUGCUGAUUGAUUUUGUAUAAGAAACUCGAAUGUUCGAGAAUAGUAUUGAGAAUAUCUAGAUGUAAACUCAAUAAUUAACUGAAUAAAGUUAAAAUCUCUUGCUUAAUACUAGUAAUAAAAAAAAUAAGUAUAAAUUAUUAGAGAAAUUAAAAAAAAAACGCAUUAAUUAGUUUAAGUAUAUCAUAAUAUUAAUGAUUGGAUUAAUAGUAAUACUAGCUUAUUUUUUAAUCAUUUUCUUUGUAAUUUUUAUACUAUCGCAAUAAUUAUUUGCGAAUGCAAACUUUCUAUUUAACUUUAAAUUGAUCCAAUCCUCUUUUAUCAAUAUCAUCAGCAAUAUUGAUUUAGUGUGCUAUAAUACGUAUGAUCAAUAACGUUUCAUAAAUCUAAUGGGCUAAGAGGAGUUUAUUAAUUAUUCAUCCACAUUAAAAAGUGAUUAAUAGGAUUAGUACAUAGAAUUCAAUAAUAAUUUCGCUUCUAUUGUGAGUGAUGAAUAAUUAAAAUAUAAUUUGCAAUAGAUAAAUGAGAAUAAUAUAUGCCUAGACUAGGUUGGAAUUGCUUGUAAUGAAACUUCAGCCUAUAUACUCAAUCCCAAUAUAUUCUAAUAUUAUUAACACGGAAUGAAGUACUUAAUUACAUAAAUUGAUAAAUUAAUUCAAUCCUAACCGCAUUUCUUCUACGAUAAUUAUAAUAACAAUACUUUUCAAUAAGUGUAAGACUUCCUAUCAAGUAAUGAUCAUAUCAUAUACAUUGAUUAUGGAAGUGAGGUCUUAACUAAAGCAUAUGCAAAAUUAGUUGACACUGCACGUUAAGAAUUUGAUUAAGCACUAAAAAUCUAUAAACAAACCCUAAUGAUAUUCAUAUUAAGCGUAGGAAUGCUUGGUUUGUUGAUUAUUUUAAUGUUGGGUAAAUUGCUGUUGAAUAUGCAAUAGGAUUCCAUUCGUACUUGCCAAUCAUCACUUCUUCUCAUUUCUCCUAAAAGAUAUUUGAAUCAAAAUAUAGCAUAAUUAACAUAGAAAAAAAGAUGA